ACCGGGAGAGACCGGGAACCGGAAGUGACCGGAUUGGCAAAUAGUAUAUCACACAUGGUUACUCCCCUUUGAUAAAUGAUCGUCAUUGAUCCUGCAAAAAUAUUUUUCGUUUAACAGUUUGUUUCAAUAGAAUAUCAGGUCUUACUUCCAACAAGGAAACAAAAGCUGGCAAUCUGGAUAGUAAAGAAACACUUUGUGAGAAGUUAUCACCUGAAUUGCAAAAAUGAGGUGUGCAAAGAAAUAAGAUGUUCUUUGAAAACACAUAUGACAAUACAUACUGGCGAGAAGUGUCAUGUGUGUAAAAUUUGUGAUAAAGUAUUUUCUCAAGAACGAUAUCUUACAUACAUAUAGCAACGCAUACUGGUGAGAAGAAUUAUAUGUGUAAAAUAUGCGGCGAAGCAUUUUCUCAACAAGAAACUUUGAUCACGCAUAUACAUGCUGGCGAGAAAAAACAUAAAUGUAAAAUAUGUGAGAAAACAUUUUCUCAUCGAGGUACACAAUGUAAUUUGAUCACACAUAUGACAAUACACCCUGGCGAAAAGAAUCAUGUAUGUAAGGUAUGUGAUAAAGCAUUUUCUCAAGAACAACAUCUUAUCAUACAUAUGGCAACAUGUACUGGCGAGAAGAAUCAUAAAUGUGAAAUAUGUGAUAAAGCAUUUUCUCAACAAGGUACUUUGAUCACGCAUAUGACAAUAUAUACCGGCGAGGAAAAACAUGAAUGUAAAUUAUGUGGUAAAACAUUUUCUCAUCAAGGUAAUUUGAUCAGACAUAUGGCAACACAUACUGGCGAGAAGAAUUAUAUAUGUAACAUAUGUGAUAAAUCAUUUUCUCAACAAAGUACUUUGAUCAGACAUAUGGCAACACAUACCGGCGAGGAAAAACAUGAAUGUAAAAUAUGUGGUAAAACAUUUUCUCAUCGAGGUAAUUUGAUCUUACAUAUGACAAUACAUACUGGCGAAAAGAAUCAUGUAUGUAAAAUUUGUGAUAGAGCAUUUUCUCGAGGACAAUAUCUUAUCACUCAUAUGGCAACACAUAAUGGCGAAAAGAAUCAUAUAUGUAACAUAUGUGAUAAAGCAUUUUCUCAACGAGGUUCUUUGAACAGGCAUAUGACAAUACACACUGGCGAAAAAAUACAUACAUGUAAAUGUAAAUUAUGUGAUAAAGCAUUUUCUUAUCAAAGUAAUUUGAUCACACAUAUGACAAUACACACUGGCGAGAAGAAUCAUAAAUGUGAAGUAUGUGACAAAACAUUUUCUCAUCGAGGUGCUUUGAUCACACAUAAGAGAACACAUACUGGCAAGAAGAAUCAUAAAUGUAAAAUAUGUGAUAAAGCAUUUUCUCAUGGAGGUAAUUUGAUCACACAUAUGGCAACACAUACUGGUGAGAAGAGUUAUAUAUGUAACAUAUGUGAUAAAGCAUUUUCUCAACGAGGUUCUUUGAACAGGCAUAUGACAAUACACACUGGCGAAAAAAUACAUACAUGUAAAUGUAAAUUAUGUGAUAAAGCAUUUUCUUAUCAAAGUAAUUUGAUCACACAUAUGACAAUACACACUGGCGAGAAGAAUCAUAAAUGUGAAGUAUGUGACAAAACAUUUUCUCAUCGAGGUGCUUUGAUCACACAUAAGAGAACACAUACUGGCAAGAAGAAUCAUAAAUGUAAAAUAUGUGAUAAAGCAUUUUCUCAUGGAGGUAAUUUGAUCACACAUAUGGCAACACAUACUGGUGAGAAAAGUUAUAUAUGUAACAUAUGUGAUAAAGCAUUUUCUCAACGAGGUUCUUUGAACAGGCAUAUGACAAUACACACUGGCGAAGAAAUACAUACAUGUAAAUGUAAAUUAUGUGAUAAAGCAUUUUCUUAUCGAAGUAAUUUGAUCACACAUAUGACAAUACACACUGGCGAGAAGAAUCAUAAAUGUGAAGUAUGUGACAAAACAUUUUCUCAUCGAGGUGCUUUGAUCACACAUAAGAGAACACAUUCUGGCAAGAAGAAUCAUAAAUGUAAAAUAUGUGAUAAAGCAUUUUCUCAUGGAAGUAAUUUGAUUAUGCAUAUGAAAAUACAUACUGGCGAGAAGAAUCAUAAAUGUAAAAUAUGUGUUAAAGCAUUUUCUCAAAAAAGUCAUUUAAUUAGACAUAUGACAAUACACACUGGCGAGAAUAAGCAUUUAUGUAAUUUUUGUGAUAAAGAAUUUUCAAACUGCUAUUCUCUGAAAACACAUAUGGCAAUACAUACUGGUGAAAAGAGUUGUGAAAAAGUUUCAAGUGUGUGAUAAAAACCUUUUCUCACCAAAGUGUAUUGAACCUUCAUUUACUCUGGCGCAAAGAAACAUAAGUGCGAUGUGUGUAUUGAAACGUUUUCUCAAGGAAUACACAAUUGCGAUACAAAACAUAAGUGUGAUGAAGUGUUUUCUCAACCAAUUCAUCUUAUCACACAUAUGAUAAUACAAACUGGCGAUAAGAAAUGAAGUGUGAAAUAUGUGGUAUAAAAGGAUUUUCUACACAAGUUUCUAUACCGCCCCCGUGGUUGAUGGGUUAGAGUCGAUGACUUCUAAUCCAGUUACCUCUCUGGCGUGGGUUCGAUCCCCGGGAGAUGCUUUGAUAGUUUAGCGCGGAGGAAGGUAGUCUAAAAAAUUGACGAAAAAAUCUCGGUGGGACGCUCUAGGAUGGCCCGACUUGAGUGUAUGGUCGCCCAUAUGGGCUUUCAGGUGGCGACCUUAAAUAAACGCAUUUAAAAAAAAAAAAAAAAAAAAAAA